AUGCGUGAGAAAGUUGGAAAAAUUGUUGAUCAAGCACUUCGUCGAUGUAGAGAAAUGCCAGAUUAUCCUGCGUCACAACUUGAUGAAGAUGCUCGAGUGUGUUACGCUUCCCUACACAUGGAUUCACAUAAAUUAAUCGACCAAUUUCUCAAUUCAUGCAAACAAAAAUAUCCUAAGUCAAUCUAUUUUUUUGAACUGAGUACUGCAGUCAACGGUUGGUUAAAACGUUAUGACGCUGCCGUGUACAAUGCUAAUGCUGGUCUAGAACUAGAUCCAAUGAAUAGCAAUUUAUUAAUUGAUAAAGCCGUCGCAUGGCGUCUACUGGAGAGCCACAAUAAAGAAGCUGUUGAAGUGUACAAAUCGUUUUUGGCCAUUGCUCCCAAGGAUCAUCGCAUAGUGCCAGAUCCAUAUUAUUCGAUGGCCAUGUGUUAUCUUGCGCUUAAAACGCAUGACGGUCUAGACGUUGCCAAGAAAAUGUAUGAACAAGGUAAAGAGGCAGAAAAACUACAAUUACCAUGUUUCUUACCGUAUGAAUCCAGCAGUAAAAAGCUCCUUGAAUUUCUGCAUAAUGUUCCGAGUCUAAUAAGUACAAAAGCAGCACCAGAAGCAGCGGCUUCUGUUGUUAAUCACAAGGCACAUCUUACUGAUCCAUAUCGAAUAGAAGUCAUCAAACUUCAUCGUAAAUGGGAGGCGGACGUAAUCGAACACACUAAGAAAUCCAAUAUUUGUAUACCAGUCCAACAUCACGAACCUAAAUUUCGGCAACAAACAGCCAAGUCAUUAAUUGGCUUGAAAGCAAUUUCAUUAAGAGAAAUCAAUCCCACAAAAGAUCAUGUUUAUCAAGGAUAUGUUCUUUCGGUAAGUGACGGCAUAAUCCUAUUAUAUCUGGUAAAGACUUUUUUCAUUUUACAAUUAAAGUUAAUGAAUUCAAGCGGAACAAUCUAUUCACCAACAUUCCGAACAAAUCAUAGUAAUUGCUCUUAUAUUAAUCAAUAUAACUAUAUGUUAAAAGCUGAG